GGAUUGAGAGAUACAAAUGUGAUUUGCGACUGGUUUCACUAAAUUCGCCUGUGCCGUGACCUCGCCAUUUCGAUGAAUUGAGGCAAAUGCACCUCCGCUUGGCUCGCUCGCUUUGAGACCAUGGCGACCAGUAUAAUAGCAGUUAUGACGGAACUGCCUAAAACCUAAAGCCUCAAGCAACCACGCGGAUGGACAGCUUGUCAGAGCAGCUGCAGCGCCGAGAGCAGGAGCUCGCGGAGCUCCGCACGCGGGCGCUGCACAGCGUGGAGCAACAACUUGCAGCCCGCGACGAGCAGGUCGGCGUCCUGACGCAGCAGCUUGAAACGCUCAAGUCGGACUUCGCCUACAACCUGGACCUGCUGUGGCAGCGCGAUGAGGAGCUGGCUGCCUACGACGAGGCGGCGGCAGCGCAGGCCGCUCGCGAGGCGGCGCUGCAGGGCCGCGCCACAGAGCUGGAGCUGCUGGUGGCGGGGCUGCAAUCGGAGCUGGUGGCUGCCCGCGCGCAUGCCGAGCAGCAGGAGUUUGUGCUGUCGGCCAAGCGCUCGGAGCUGAGUCAGCUGCUGGAGGAGGAGCGGCUGGGGCGGGCGGAGGCGCUCAUGCGGCAGCGGGAGCAGGCAGAAGGGGCGCGGCGGGCACUGCAGCGUGAGCUGGACGAGGCGAAGGAGCAGGCGGAGGCGCAGCGGCGGUCCCUGAGUUCCGCCUUCCAGCAGCAGCUGCAGGAAGCCAAGGCGGCACUGCAGGGCGAGGUGGCGGACCUGAAGCAGGACCUGGCCGCGGCCCGGCGCCAGUUGGACGCCCGCGACCAGCAGCUGCAGGAGGCGGCGGCGCGGGACACGCGGGCGGCGGCCCAGGCGGAGGAGGUCCGCGCGGCGCUUCGCGAGCGGGAGGUGACGCUACGCGCGAUGGAGCUGGAGCUGGAGGGGCGGGCCAGGGACCACGACACGGUGGUGCGCGGCCUGCACACGCAGCUGGCAGAUGCACAGCACAAGCUCAAGCGGGCCGGUGAGUCGUAUGAGGCGCACCGCACGCAGCUGUCCUCCCAGCUGGCCACGGCGCAGCAGUGCCUGGAGGAGCUGCGGGGGCAGUGCCUGGAAGACAUUGGGCUGCUGCAGCGGCGGCACGCGGAGGAGGUGGCGGCGCUGCAGCAGCGGCUGGAGGCCGCGGCAGGUCACGGCUCGCAGCUGGAGGGGGCGGUGGAGGAGCUGCGGGUGCAGCUGAGGGCGGCGCGGGAACAGCUGCAGUCUCGGGCCUCCGGUAUCGAGGAGCAGGUGGCGGAGGCGCGGGCUGCCGCCAGUGCGGAGCUGGAGGCGCUCCGGCGUGAGCGCGACGAGGCGGAGCGCAAGCUGCGUGACGCGGCCGCGGAGCGUGAGGCGGCGGUCCGCGGGUUGCGGGAGAAGUUGGCGGCGGCACAAGGCGCACUGGAGGACCGCCGCCGCGAGCUGUCUGCCUCCAAGGAACAAGUGGAGGCGGUGCGGCGGCUGGGCGGUGCUGACGGCGGUUCCGCAGAGGUUGGAUCUGGGUGGCAGCGAGCGUCUGUGCAGCAGCAGCAGCAGCAAUCUCUCGCGGCGGCGGCGGCCCGGCAGCGCGCGUCAACGGCGGCGGCCUCGGGCCGCACUGGACAGCCUUCUCCCGACAUCGACGGCGAGCCGUCAUCUCCAGAUCGCGACACACCCGCCGCCGCCACCACACGACAGCCCGGGAGGCCGCCGCAGCAACAACAGCAGCAGCAGCAAGCCUACGCGGGGCCUGGCGGGGGCCAGCGGCCAACAGCGUUGAGCCUGGUGGCGCUGCAGGAGUCGCACGACUCGCUGCCCGACUUCAACAACUCGCCGCUGCUGGACCUGCCGCCCUCGCCGCGCAGCUCGGCAUCCUUCUGGCUGGGACCCAGCUCGACCGGUGGAGCAGCGGCGGAGCGCAUGGCAGCUGGCGGCACUCAGGACUCGCCACGCGCUUGGAGCCCCGCAGCGGCAGCGGCGGCCGCGGCGGCGGCGGCGGCCCGAGCGGGGCUGUACCUCCGCCAGAGCAAGGAAAGCCUGGACGCGCUGCUGCGGCCCUCCACGCGCUCUCGCCUGGGGCCGCCUGAGGCGCAGCAGCAGGCGGUGGUGGCGGCGCAGCAGCAACAGCAGCAACCGUCGGACAGCCCAGAUCGCAGCCAGCCGCGGGGCAAUGCCAGCGUCGCGCUGGCGGAGGCGGAGGCAGAGAACACGCGCCUACGCAGCACUCUGGCGGUCAUGCGGUCGGAGAUGGAGGCCCUACAGACCGCAGCCGGCGCAGCCGCGGAGACGGCGCUGGUGCGGCAGCAGCAGCAGCAGCUGCAGGGCUGGGGCGGUUGGAGUGGGGGUGCGGGUGGCGAGGGCGAUGUUGGCGCCAUCGGCGGCAUCACUCGCAGCGGUGGUGGCGGCAGGCGGGGCUUGGACGUGGGUGCAUUGAGGACGGAGCUGGAGGAGAGCGACAAAGACCUGCAACAGGCUAUGGAGCAAGUGGAGCUGCUGCAACAGCAGCUGCUGGCGCUCCGGUCGGCAGCCGACACGGUGGGGGCGGCCGGCAACAGCGACUCGCAGGCCCGUACAGCCGUUGCGGCGGCCGCUGCCGCAGAGGCCAGCUUCCUCCGGCGGCGAGUGCGGGAGCUCACUGACGCAAACAGAGCGCUGCGGCGACGGGCUAUGCAGCAAGCGGCCGCCAGCUCGGCGCAGGCUGCCCUGCAGGCGGCAGGCGGCACAUCGCCGGCGGCAGUGGCACUGCCACCAGGCGCUGACGCGUCAGCCGCCGUCUUCGAUCCUGCCAGCACACCGCACCAGGCCCAACAGCAACCCCAGCAGCAACAACAGGCGGCAGGCGUACAGGGCUCUGUGCCAGUGACGGUCGCCGGUGCCGAUGCGGCAAUGCAGGCACAGCUGCAGCGGCUGCGGGCGGAGGUGGAGCGGGCGCGGGCGCAGCUGGCGGCGGCGCAGGCCGACAACGAGCGACUCAUGGAGCUGAGCAAUGAAGUGCGGGCGCAGCGGGACAGGGUCGCUCUGCAGCUGGCCGCCGUGCUGGGACUGCCGCCGGCCGUGGGCCCCUCGCUAGCGCUGGGGCAAGACCCCGGCGGCGGCAUGAGCGGCACGCCCGGGGCGGCUGCAGGCGCAGGCACCAGCACACCGCCGCCGCCACCUCCACCUCCUCCCGUGAUGCCCACCUAUGGGCUGCCCUUCCCGCCGCCCAUGUCGCCGCUCCGAGGGGCGGGCUUCGGCGCGGCCCCGGACGCCAACACAAUGGCGGCCUACCAGUCGGCGGCGGCGGCGGCGGUGGGCAUGGCUGGCUUGACGGCAGGCAGCUCGGCGGCACUGGGGCAGCGGUACGGCAACAGCAGUGGCGUUGGGCCGUACGGCGGCGGCUACCUGCCGUACACGUACAGUCCAGCGUUUGGGGGUGCGGCGCCCGGCAUGCUGGCGAUGCAGUGGGGUGCGCCGUUCGGGUACAUGCCGAUGCUGUCAGUCCUGUCGCCAGGGCGGGACGCGGCGAUGGCGGCGGCGGCAGCAGCGGCGGCCGCUGCCGGGGCGAAGACGUCGCCGGGGCUGACACGGAGCAGGUCCGCCUCGCCGCCCGCGAGGCGCUCUGGCGACAGCCCGCACGCCGCCCCCCGCUCCGCCUCGGUGUCGCCUCCUCGCCGCAGCGCCACACAGCUAAACACCACCGCCACUGCUCCCCACCAUCACCAGCAGCACCACCCGCACCACCAAAGCGACAACGCCAGGAAUGCGGCCAGCAACAGCAACAGCGGUCGGCGCUCCUUCGCUUCUUCACUGGAGCUCGCUGCAAUCACUGGAGGGGGCGGUGGUGGGCAGGACCUUGACAGCCGCAUGCAAGGGGGCUAUGACGGGGCUGCUGACGUGGAGGACUUCGACCCGCUGGCAUCGGGGCCGUCGGGGGUGAGCGUUCCUGCCUCGGCGCGGCCUGCCGGUGCCGUGGGGCUGACUGCGUCGGCACGGGAGACGCAGUCGCAGCGGGCGGCUCUGCGUGCGCUGCACCGCCGGCGCGAGCAGCAGCAGCAGCAGCUUGUGACGGCGGCCGCCGCGGCGGCGGCGGUGCGGCAGCGCGUGCGCGGGUACAGCGUGGUGCGGGACGAGGGAGCUCCAGGCGGGGCCAACACGCGCGUAGUGACGUUCGACGUGUGAUGACUGGGGAGAACAACAAGUAACGGGUGUGAGGGAGUGUGGUGGCGUGUGCCUGUGCGAUUGAUGGGCGGGUAUCUGACUGAUGCUAGUAUUUGUGGUGAGCUCAGAACUGUGACGCUUGGACACUUGAUCGACUGUCGUGACCAAGAGAUGCCGUGCAUGGUAAUACGUGGGAUAUUGUAUUGUUGUGGGUGAACAUCCCAUGCACUUGACGUUUCAGAUCUUGGUGCGGUCUGCUGGCUUGCGAUUCGGUGGAGUCCCUGGUGGCCAAAGAGGAGAACCUCAAGAAGCACUAUCAGCCGCCGCCGGUGCAGCACCUGCUGGACAACCCCCGGCCCCUGGUGCGUGCGCGUGGUGUAGGUGUGUAGGUGUGCGUACGUGGCUAUCGGCUGGCUGGCUGCUGGGGGCGUGCCUGGCUGUCUGUGUUUGUGGGUGCGGUCUGCUGGCUUGCUGCAAAGUUGGAUCCCCGUGUCCGGCAGACUGGACAUGAGACACUAUUGGCUCUGCAGCAUGGCGGGGUUCUGUGUCGCUUCGAACGCCAGCGUUUGGCGUGUGGCGACCAACGUUGGGCGAUCCCGGCAUCCCGCUCUGCCCGCAGCUGCUGACUAACACAUCAUACAGUCGUACGCGUCUGUUUGAUUGCAAUAGUUAGCCUUUUCAGUCCAACACUUCACAGUGCGGUAACCUGGCACCG